CGCCCAAUAAUGUGCGUAAGUCCAAAGUUAACAGCUACUACUACGACAACUACUACUACUACUACGACUACUACUACUUCACAGAGUCGAGCGCUUGAGUUUGGGAAGAGAGGGAAUGUCAAGCGGAGAAACAGACGGGAACGGCGGCAUAAUGGCUCAACAGAAGAACCUGGAGGGCUAUGUGGGCUUUGCCAAUCUACCCAACCAAGUUUACAGAAAAUCUGUGAAGAGAGGUUUUGAGUUCACACUCAUGGUUGUGGGGGAAUCUGGCCUCGGGAAGUCGACGCUGAUCAACUCACUCUUUCUGACAGACCUGUACUCCCCUGAAUACCCGGGUCCUUCGCAUAGAAUUAAAAAAACUGUACAGGUGGAACAGUCGAAGGUUCUGGUAAAGGAAGGAGGAGUGCAGCUUCUGCUCACCAUCGUAGACACCCCCGGCUUUGGUGAUGCCGUUGACAACAGUAACUGCUGGCAGCCGGUCAUCGACCACAUUGACAGUAAGUUUGAGGACUAUCUCAACGCAGAGUCCCGGGUCAACAGACGGCUGAUGCCAGACAGCAGAGUGCAAUGCUGCCUGUAUUUCAUCGCUCCGUCUGGGCAUGGACUGAAGCCGCUCGAUAUCGAGUUCAUGAAACGGUUACACGAAAAAGUAAACAUCAUCCCUCUCAUCGCCAAAGCCGACACAAUGACUCCUGAGGAGUGUCAACAGUUCAAGAAACAGAUCAUGAAAGAAAUCCAGGAGCACAAAAUCAAAAUCUACGAGUUCCCGGAAACAGAUGACGAGGAGGAGAUGAAGAUGGUCAGGAAAAUCAAGGAUCGUUUACCCUUGGCUGUGGUCGGUAGCAACACCAUUAUCGAGGUCAAUGGAAAGCGAGUGCGCGGGAGACAGUACCCCUGGGGUGUGGCUGAAGUGGAAAACGGAGAGCACUGUGAUUUUACAAUCCUCCGGAAUAUGCUCAUCAGGACCCACAUGCAAGACCUGAAGGAUGUGACAAACAAUGUUCACUACGAAAACUACCGUAGCAGGAAGCUUGCUGCGGUCACCUACAACGGUGUGGACAACAAUAAGGCCAAGGGACAGCUAACCAAACCUGAGACGGCUGACGGCAUGAGUCCUCUAGCCCAGAUGGAGGAGGAGCGACGGGAGCACGUGUCCAAGAUGAAGAAGAUGGAGCAAGAAAUGGAACAAGUGUUUGAGAUGAAGGUCAAAGAGAAGCUCCAGAAGCUCAGAGACUCUGAGGCUGAGCUCCAGAGGCGUCACGAGCAAAUGAAAAAGAACCUGGAGGCCCAACACAAAGAACUGGAGGAGAAACGUCGUCAACACGAGGAGGAGAAAGCCAACUGGGAGGCCCAGCAGAGGAUCCUGGAACAGCAGAAACUAGACGCGUCCAGGACCUUGGAAAAGAACAAAAAGAAGAAGAUAUUUUAAUAACUCUGGAGGACUUUCCUGAUGUUACAAUGUAUUAUUUUUUUGCCAACCUGCCAGCCUUGAUUGUCAGAACACCUGUCAAUCAACUACAUCCGCUGUUUGACCAUAUUACUGUGUAAUAAUCAAGUGAAAGCCAGGGGGCAGUAUUGUCUGGACUCUGAAUUUAACCAAUCACUCCCCGCUCAUCCUCAUGUUCCCUAAUUAAGAAUGUGUUUUGGAUCUUUGCUCAUAAAAAAACAUAUAUUCACAUAAAAACACAUAACCAGCGUUUUUCCUUCAUGACAAAGUUCAGAGUUCAGUCAUUCUUUCCUCUUUUCUUCUUCUACUUUGGGAAUGUUGGAUGCUGCACUGCUCUGUGCUGCAUCCUUUUUUUUAAAAAAAAAAGCCAAAAAACCAAACAAAGAGGUCAGCCUUUCACUUCCUGCACAUUAGCAGACAGUGUCAGGCUGAAGCUCACCUCAGGCACUGUUUUUGUUAUAUAUGUAUCUUUCAGUUGACUUAUUUAGGUAUCACAUUUAAUUUUCCUCCCAAGAUGUUAUGCUCUUCCAUCUCCUGUAAUUGUAAAUUCUAUAACCAAAAACUGCAGUGUUUAACUUCAGUCAUGUGUAACAUUUUCUUACUUUUUGUUCAUUUCUUUUUGUUUUUUGUUUUUUGUAUUGGCCCUGGCUUAGAAAUUGUGUUCAUUUAGUUUCCAGUAUCAUUGCUGGUGUUUUCCAUCCCUGCUCUUGGAAAGCAAACAUGUAUCGCUGACUUCACUCAUGCUGAGUGUAACAUUGUUAAAGAAAACUGCUCCUGAAGUGCUUUUACAUGGAAUUAUUUGUACUUCUUGUGCAGAUUCGAUAUGAAAAAAAAAAUGUUUUUCCAACUGAAUCAAAACUUUCCAGGGGCAGGAUGUGGAAAGCUUGUGUUGGAUGUUGGUGGGAUGGGAAAGCUGGAGCUGAGAUGCUUCAGUCAAACAGACAGCAGUCAACUCAAUAACUGUACCAAGCUGGCUUUCUUUACAUCACAUUUAGCACUGUUGGUGUACUGCAUCUGUAUUUUGUAAUGUCUUGUUUUUAAUUGUACAAAGUCACAUAAUAAAAUUGUGAUGGGAUGAUCUUGGCUA